AUUCCUCCCAAUUUGUUCCAUCCAACACAACCCCUCCUGUAUAUUCCAGGUCGAUUAGGGCAUGGGGAAAGGAACAGUCACGCCUCUUCAGAGGCCUCGGCGUCUGGGAAAGCCUUGGUGGGUAGUACCGGCAUGUUUCGCGGGCUUCAUCCUCCUCUCGGAACUCUUUAAUUGGCACGUGAGGCGCAGCCGUCGCGAGCAACACGAUGAGGUUGAGGGCGUCUAUAGCAGAUUCCCCAAGCACAACGACCCCUUUCGCUUUCUUCCCUGCACCAACGCGACUCUGCCGCCCGAGCUCGACGACCCAGAGCCAGAACGAAGUUGGAAGGCGCUGUAUGAACCGGAUCCAGACCGUUGGAGCUGGGAAAACGAGGUACGCGAAGGCGUGGAUCAUGAUGAUCCCUACGCUGGACGGGGCAUCUACCUCUGUGGAUAUCUUGACGUGCCUCUCGACUACACCAAUGCGUCUGACCCUCGCAUCGUCCGUCUAGCUGUUACCAAGCUCCAGGUCUCCGGGCUCCGCCGAAUUGACGGCAACUCUGCCCCCAAUGCGGGACGUGGGAGCAAGAGGACCAUCGUCAUCGAACCUGGUGGUCCUGGCGGCAGCGGCACCUCUUAUGUAUGGCGUGCCGCCGAACUUAUCACCAAGCGACUUAGUGACGGUCAGUUCGAUGUUCUAGGUUGGGAUCCUCGAGGCGUCAACGCUUCGCUCCCAGCCAUGUCAUGCUUUCCCUAUAACGCGGACCGAGAUCGCUGGUCUAUGCUCGCCGGCCAGUAUCGGGAAGUGUCACCUUCACCCAAGGCACAGCUGGAAGUCGUCGAUGCUUUGAAUGACGCCAUCUUGCGUGCUUGUUGGGAGAAGCACGGUGAUCUUCCGCGCUUCGUCUCCACGGCAUUUGUUGCCCGUGAUCUAGAAGAGAUCCGGAAGGCGUUAGGCGAGGAUGAGUUGACGGGAUAUCUUGUCAGCUACGGCACUGGCAUCGGGCAGACGUAUGCCAACAUGUUCCCUAACAGCGUCGGCCCCGUGAUCCUUGAUGGCACUGAAUAUGUCAGAGAUCAUCGCCUAUUGGGCGGGUUUGGCUGGACGGCCCUCGACAAUGUCACCGAUGCUUGGACAGACGGAUUCCUUGGCGAGUGCAUCAAUGCUGGGCCAGAGCAUUGCACGCUCGCAAAGUCCAAAGAUGGGCAUUCAGUCUCCCUCAAAGACCUCGAGAAACGCAUGGAGACACUAGUGACAUCCCUUAUUGAAAGACCAAUCCCCGGAUACACCGACUUCAGCGGGCCCUCGAUUGUCACGUACUCUUCCCUUGUCAACGUCAUAUACGCCUCUCUUUACAACGCGCAAAGUUGGCCUGCGUUGGCUCAAAUGCUCUCUGAGCUUGAAGACGGCAACUCAACUCUCGCAACCGCGUUUCUCGAGCACAAUGCCUGGCAAUACGAUCCGACACUGCCUGCCCCUCCUUCUCGGCGCCCAUCAUCUGAUGAGCUUACUACUCUCGUCAUCUGUUCGGACGGUUACGAUGCGCCGCUCCCUCCUGAUGACUUGAAUUGGUGGGCCUCGCUCUGGGCGAACAUGACUGCCAAAUCUUGGAUCGCAGGCAACCCGCGCUUCUUCGAUGUCUUCCCCUGCCAGCACUUCACCGACUACUGGCCCAAGCCAGCGGAGGUCUACCGGGGUGAUCUAAACAACACUCUAAAUUUCCCAGUCUUGCUGAUUGCUGAGACAUAUGACCCAGCAACACCGUUGCGGAACGGGAGGAGACUUCUGGCCGAGAUGGGUGACAAUGCGAGGCUCGUUGUUCACCAUGGAUAUGGUCAUUCUUCGAGAGACGCAUCGAAUUGUACGGAUGCCAUUGCCAAGGCCUAUAUUAUGGGGCGCGAACUGCCACAAGAAUCCGAGACAGCAUGCUAUGCCAAUGAAAAGCCUUACCUGUAUGGUGUAGGCAAGGACGGAGUGUCGACAGCAGCCAAGGAACCUUGGGACCCUGUUGCCGAAUGGAUCAAGCACACGAAGACGCCAGUUUAAUAAACCCGGCACCAGCGUUUUCGUGUGUUUUAUAUUAUUACCAUAAUACUUGACAAUCUCGAACAGUUUUGCUUUUGUUUCUUGCUCUACUCAGUACCACCAAUACAUUGCUUUGAUACAUCUGAAGAUAUUCAAUAAAGCUGAUGUAUAUGAUCACUGCCAAGCAUCAUAUCAUUUACAGAUAAAU